GGCGAAGAACGACGAGAGGAUGCACAUGACGAUACGUCCGUUGAAGAGAUUUUGGCGGCGUGGAAUAUUCAAGAAUCUCGUCGGUGAAGCGAAGAUAGAUAAGAUUCACAAUCACAAAGAUUUACAACUGACACGUUACAUCACGUCCACAAUCACACCUGCCGCCGAUUAUUCUGUACAAGAGAAGAGUGCAAGUCAAUCGAAAAUUAUGACGAAGACACAAUAUCCCGAGGCGCGCAGGGAUGAAAGCGUCGUUGAUAAUUAUCAUGGCGUAGAGAUAGCAGAUCCUUAUAGAUGGUUGGAAGACCCAGAUUCAGUAGAAACAAAAGCCUUUGUUGAUGCGCAAAAUGCCAUUACUGUUCUUUAUGUCCAAGAUACUCUUGAAAGUGAACCAAGAGUAUUUCUUGAUCCUAAUACUCUUUCUGAAGAUGGAACUGUUGCAAUUACUAGUAGUAGUUUUAGCGAAGAUGGUAGCAUUUUUGCAUAUGGAUUAUCUAAAAGUGGUUCCGAUUGGAGUACUAUCCACUUUUUGAAUGCAGAAACUGAAACAUUAGGUAAUCAAAAUCAAAAGUUAUGCUAUCACAUUGUUGGUACACCACAAUCAGGUGAUGUUGUUGCUGUUGAAUUUCCCGAAGAACCAUUGUGGAGGAUGUGA